CAGAUUAAUGGAGACGCUAGCUUCCCGGUGAUGGUUUGGCUUCAUGGGGGAAGGUUCACCCAUGGCAGUGCCCAGGAGUACCCUCCUCACGUCCUCCUGGACCACGACAUCGUGCUGGUGGUGGUGCAAUACCGGCUGGGUGUCCUGGGCUUCCUGUCUACCGAGGACUUGGCGAUGCCUGGGAACCUGGGCCUCAAGGACCAGACCCUGGCGCUCCGGUGGGUGAAGACCAACAUUCACCUCUUUGGCGGAGACAACAUGCGGGUCACCAUCUUCGGUGAGAGUGCCGGCAGCGCAGCCGCCCACCUCCUCAUGUUCGUCCCGGAAGUUCAAGAUCUUUUCUACCGUGCUAUCAUGCAGUCUGGAACAGCACUGACGUCCUUGACUAUCAACAAUAAUCCUCGCAAAGAGGCAAUUGAAGUGGGCGGCAGCCUUGGGUGUCCCACAGACCAGGGCAGCAACACGCUCCUUCUGUGCCUGCAGGGGCUGGAUGCAAAGGCUCUCUUUCCUCGUUACGAAAGCUCCAGAAGAUGGGGCGUGCUGCCGCUCACCUUCACGCCCUGGGUGGACGGCCGUUUCCUGCCGCGUCACCCUGCCCUGCUGAUAAGUGAGGGGCGCAGCACCCGGGUGGACAUCAUAUCAGGCAUUACCAGAGACGACGGGGCUCUUUUCACCUUGCCUGCAUUGGCAAAGAAACAGUUACUGGAGGAGCUACAGUACAAUUUUAGCAUGGCCGGGUCUGCGUCCCUUCAGCUUGAGGGCAGGAGUGAGGACCCGGAGGCUGUAGCCCGCCAGCUGUACCUCCACUACUUGGGCACCACGCACGUCACCGAGGCGCACGCUGACGACUUCAUGAGGGUGAGCACCAACACUGGAGCCUAAGUCUGUUUUUUGCUGCAUAUGCUCCGUAAACUUUGGAUGUAUUUGCAAUGUGAAAAUUACUUGUUUACAUAUACGACAUAAGGAUGAUAAGACACGGCUCUACGUGAGGGGAUGUUACACCUUAACACUUGAGACAAGAGGAUGCCGGCAGUGUUUUCACUGUUCAUUCUUAAAUUCGCGCCUAUGUUACAUUUUAAACAUACAGAACUGCCAGCUGGUGUUCUGUACGGUGAACUUUUCCGUGAUCAUUCUGCUGUGAAAAA